AUGAGCGGCAGCACCGGAGGAAUCAUGACGAUGACCGCCCCCCAUCUUGAUGGCGCACCUGUGCCUCCACCGCCCAUCACUCAGAAGAUGUUCAUCGAACUUCAUCCUACCGUCAUCGAGAAGGAUAACUCGAUCCACUCCGAGCAUGGCGUCGUCCACUAUCCAUUCUGGUUCGGAGGAUUGGCCAGCUGCGUCUCGAGCUGCUGUACUCAGCCUUUGGGACCUCUUCAUUCAAAUUUCCCAAACGACAUGUUGACAAGAUCUAGCUCCGUCUGCAGACGCUCCAUCACGACGCUCCGCAGCUGGUUGAGUGCUUCGCUCACAAGAACCUUUUUCUACUCCGGUGUUCGCUUCGGCAUGUACGAGAAGCUCAAGGAGAUGGGAAGCACAUCCACCCAUGCACCCUCUGGUCUCGCCCUUGCCCUCAUGGCUGCAUCUUCGGGUUUCACCGGCAGCGUAUGCAGCAAUUUCGCCGAUGUCGUCUGUCUCCGCAUGCAAGCUGAUCCUGGCUUGCCCCCAGAACUGCGUCGCAAUUACAAGAACAUCGCAGACGGUGUGUACAAGAUGGUCCGCGCCGAAGGCUGGAACAGCAUCUGGACUGGUGUCUGGCUCGGAGCGGGCAGAGCAGCCAUCGGUACGGCUACCCAACUGGCUGGAUACGAUAUCAUCAAACGCGAGUUGAUGAAACGAACAUCACUCGGCGACAACAUUCCAACCCACAUCACCGCCAGUUGCCUGGCAGGCUUCUUGUCCACCUUCAUUUGCAGUCCCCUGGAUGUCUUCAAGGCUCGUUUCAUGACUCGCAAGUCAUCAGCUCACAGCAUGUCGGUUAUGUUGCAGAGUACACUCAAGAACGAAGGCGCUGCUUGGAUGUUCAAAGGCUUGACUCCUGCAUUGAUCAGCAGAGCGCCAUCUACCAUCAUCACCUUUGUCACUCUUGAGCAAUUGAGAAAAGUCUAUCGCCACAUGCAUGGUUUGCAAGAGUAG